CGCCAUUCCUUUCAACCUUACUAAUUACACUUAAAGAAUGUUAAGAUUUACUUUAAUUUUGUUAACAGCUUCAUAUUUUUCUCUUACUGUGAAAUCAGAAUUCGCCAAAUGUGUUCAAAUGUUGAUUGAUCUUCCCAAAUGUAUUAUGGAACCAUUCAGAGAUCAACCAAUAGAUAUCCAAGAUAAACUAAAGAAAUGCAAAGAGGAUUCAGAAUGUAAAACACAAUACAUCUUUUGUGUACAGUCAAAAAUAGCUUCCUGCGAUGAUGAAAUCAUCAAACAGCAAAUUCAAGAACAAUUGAAGUCAUUCUUGAAGUAAAAUAUAAGAAUAAACUUAGUUUAUGCAUAUAUUAUAAACCUUGUGUUAAUCAAAUAAACGGUCCAGCUAAUUAAAAUUUGAGACAUUAUUCAAAUAAAUGUUUAUUUCCUUAUA